AUGAUGAUGGCCUUGUCUCCGUCGUCUCCUCCAUGUCUGAGUAAUCUCUCUUUAUCGCCUUCUCCUCAUCCCUUUUCUCGGCAAAGCGACAUCCUCGUUCCUCGCUUACGGCCUUUAGUAUUCGCUGGCUUCCGCAGACAUCAGCUGCCAAGGCCGAGCGCGCUCAGGGAAUGGCGGGAGUACGACGACGCUGUCAAGAGAAAAGAUCUCGCCGGAGCUCUCAGAUUCCUCAAAUCCAUCGAAACCGAUGAAGUGCGCGACGUUCCGAUAAGGGCGGAUCAGUUAAGCGUUUUGGGAGCACUUGAAUUGGAGAGGGAUUGGCAGGUUUUAGAUGCGUGUUUGAAUGCAGAUGAUAUGAGACUUGUUGGGAGUGCGUUUAGGUUUCUCAGGGAGAGAGGUCUAUUGCCCAACUUUGGCAAAUUGAGCAGUAUUGUUUUGGAGGGCGCAAGAGAGGUCACACCUACUCUUCUCAAGUCUGCAACUGGCUUGGAAGUGACUAAACUUGCACCCAAGAAGUGGGGUCUUUCCGGUGGCUCUAGCCUUGCUCUGGCUGCUUUUCUGGGUGGAAUCUCCUAUCUUCUUUCUCAGGAGAUUGAUCUGCGCCCAAACCUUGCUGUUAUUUUGGGUCUAGCUUUUGUGGAUUCCAUUCUUCUUGGUGGUACUUGUUUAGCCCAAAUAUCAUGCUACUGGCCUCCACACAAGCGUAGAAUCAUAGUUCAUGAAGCGGGUCAUCUUCUUGUCGCAUACCUCAUGGGCUGCCCAAUCCGUGGUGUGAUAUUGGAUCCGAUCGUUGCCAUGCAAGUGGGGGUUCAAGGCCAGGCUGGAACUCAGUUCUGGGAUCAAAAGAUGGAGAGUGAGAUUGCCGAGGGGCGACUUAGCGGUAGCUCAUUUGAUAGGUAUAGCAUGGUACUUUUUGCUGGUAUUGCAGCUGAAGCGCUAGUUUAUGGUGAGGCUGAAGGAGGGGAGAAUGAUGAAAAUCUCUUCAGGAGCAUCUCAGUCCUUCUGGAACCACCGUUAUCCGUGGCUCAGAUGUCGAAUCAAGCCAGGUGGUCCCUUCUACAAUCUUACAAUCUGCUCAAGUGGCACAAGGCGGCACAUCGGGCCGCUGUAGAAGCUCUCCAAGUGGGAAGUCCUCUUAGCAUUGUGAUAAGAAGGAUUGAGGAAGCCAUGUCUCCAAGCAGAUGA